UUUGUUUAACAAAAAUGUGGAAGGAACAGCGUGGACGUUUUAGACUAACAUUAAAUGCGGUUGAAAGCUGCGCACGCCAGUGAGUCAUGGGAUACGGCGUGGUUGGUUCGGUUUACAGGGAUGUUUUGUUUAUUUUGCAGUCGAAGGUACUACGUAGCGUGAGAAUUACUUCACGUUGAGUUCAGUUAUUGAUGUCGAGAAAUCUAAUUUGCCAAAAAAAUUAGUUGUUAUUGGUGGAAAAAGUGUGCGUCACUCAAAAAGGAAAAGUAGUGGAAAGUUUGAUUGUUCACGUCGAUCCGCGAGGCAUUACGCUUUUAACCGUGAGCGAGGUUGGGUCAAGCACCUGUAAAAUUAUCGCAGGGUGGUUUGAUACAACUAUUGGUGAUCAAGACCGUGUAUUUCUUGCGGAGAAAUUUCGUGCUAAUACGAUAGCGAAAUUAAAUACGUGUAAAAUAAACGCGUAAGUUAAAGUUUGGUGGUCUUCAAUUUCAAGGGAUCUUUUACUGUUGCUAUUACGAGGUUAAAUACAAACAAUAACGACAUUUUUAACAUGCGAAAUUAAGUUCUGUGACCCUGAAAACUAGAAGAAUGAACUUAAUACUUCGUCGUAAUUCUAAAGCGGCUGAUUGACAUGGACGCUUUCGGUCGGAUUAUCUAAUUUUUUUGAGUGACCUUGUUUCAACUUCAAAUCAAAGAAGCCAUCCAUUAUGCGAAACCUAGGAUUUAGUAUCGACCGUCCUUUUCAGCCAUUUGGAUCAACGUAUUAGAUCCAAUCAGUACUUCGAGUUUAAACAUCCAAGUAUUGAUAAUGGCGAAGCAUUUCAUAUCAGUCUGUGUCGUAUGCAUUCUAUGUGCAACCCACUUUCCAUGUGAGUCGCACGCCGAAGUAAUGCACGCCAACAGCACGAAUCAUAAAUCGGAUGUACCAUUUGCGGAAUCGGAUUUGCCGCCAGACGAUCGUACGAAUGGACCGCCAACGAAGAAUUCCAGUCGUGACCAAAGCCAAAGGAGUGGGGAUGAUGUUACCGACAAUAGUAUUACUAAUGAUAAGAGUCAGUACAUUAGAAAGAUCUUUUCCAUUUACGGAGAUGGAAAUACCAUAACCAUGCAAGGUUUUGAGCAACUCUUAAACCACUUUGAUCUUGUAGCUCAAAGUUUGCACGGUAAAACAAAUCCCACACUAUCCUUUAACAAUAUAGCUAACUUAAUUUCUUAUGAGACUGAAAACACGACUGAUAAUAAUAAUAAUAAUAAUACUUGUAUAAAACGGAAAAGCAUAAUCGACACUGUUUUUCCUUCUAAAGAUACAUCAAACAAUACGCUUAAUUAUAGUUUAGAUAGUAAAUUAUUCGAAAAGGUGUGUCCUGUUGUAAUAUAUAGUAUGAUUGUUGGAAUGUGUAAUAGUGAAACGGAAAUGGCGCACGUACACAUGGUCGAGAGCCGGGCCGAUAUUCACUACACGGUAUGGCUGUAUUCGACCGUUUCGGUGAUUGUGAUCAGCGUCUGCGGGUUGCUGGGUCUGGGAGUGGUCCCAAUGAUGCAGAAUAGGUGUUACAAGCAGUUGUUACAGUUUUUAGUUGCACUUGCCGUCGGUACUUUGGCGGGUGACGCUCUUAUACAUUUAUUACCGCACGCUAUGAGUUCGAAUGGGCACGAACAUAACGAAAGCAGCCAUGACGAAAUUAUGUGGAAAGGAUUUGUCGCAAUGUUUUCCAUCAUUUUCUUUUUCGUCGUGGAGAGAACCUUUAACAUUUGCGCGAAAUGGCGGAAAGAACGGCAUCUUAAUGAUAAGAUUCCGAAAAUGAAAGUUAUGAAAGAAGGCCUACAACCAUCAUCGACGAGCGAGAAGCAAUGCAAACAUAAAUAUAGUUCAAUUCCUUAUUGUUAUGAUGCGAUAGCAAUGAUUGACAAAAAUCGUGAAGCAGAUGGUACAAAUUCUCAUAAUGACACCUCAACAAACUUAUUUGAUCUCGAUUCGUGCUCGGACAUACAGCAUUCGACCUGCAACAAUCACGAAACGAAUCAGAAUAUGACCGAAUGUCCGAGCGAAUUGACCGCGUCCAACUGUACGGAAGUUAACAAAAUGCUGGACACCGAAAAAGAGGACGCGAACAGUACGGAGUACACUGUCAUUUUACGAGAGCACGAAAAUCGCCACCACGGUCAUUCGCACGCGCACGGACAUGUACACGCAGCUCCAAAAGAUCUAUCCUCGGUCGCGUGGAUGGUCAUCCUGGGUGAUGGUAUACACAAUUUUACAGAUGGUAUGGCGAUAGGAGCUGCAUUUUCCGGAAGCAUCGCCGGAGGACUGUCCACUACUGUUGCAGUAUUUUGUCACGAAUUGCCUCACGAAUUAGGCGAUUUUGCCAUGCUUUUAAAGGCAGGGAUGACAACUAGACAGGCAUUGUUUUACAAUGUUUUAUCGAGUUUUUUAUGUUUAUUCGGAAACAUAUUCGGAGUAUGGUUGGGAACAACCGAAUUGGCAAGCUCGUGGGUUUUUGCAGUCGCUGCCGGCUCAUUUAUCUACAUAGCACUUGUCGAUAUGUUACCAGAGUUAUCGAAUAGCCACGAGGAUGAAGGGAUGCCCUACCAGUGUUUAUUACAAUUUGGCGGGCUGUUUCUUGGUGUCGCAAUAAUGACUAUUAUAGCCGUUUAUGAACACGAUUUGAAGCAUAUCUUUUAUGAAACGUAAGUGUCAUUUAGGCCAUUGGGCUGCUGGAACUGGAUCGAUUGUAGCAAAUAGUUGCAGGGUGUCUGUUUUAAGUUUUUAUUGUGAUUACGAUGAUUAUCAGAUGAAAAAUAUGUCGAUGUUUGUAUAGUGCUUGCAUGAUCAAAGAAACAUACAAAGCCGAAGAAUUUUCGCUCCUUGGGCCGAACGGUACUAAUACUAAUUUCCUUAUAGCCUUUGCUACAUGAAUGUUCCUUUUAAAAUAAGUGUAACGUUUUCUUAUGUGAAGAAACUAAUAUUUAACUUGAAUGUAUUAUUAAAUGUGCUUUUGCAUAUCGUUAGUUCACUUAAAAACUAUGUUUAAGUAAUUUUUACCGCACUUGUUACUUUUAUUUGCACGAUUUGAAUGGUAGAAAAGUUUUCCUUUGUAAUUUUUAAUACUUGACCAUUCUUUAAGUAAAACUAAAAAUAUG